AUGCAUGUUAUUACAGUGUUAAUAAGAAACACAUUCAUUUUCAUGGUAAAAAUACAUUUUUAUGUUGCAGGUGAACUUAUUGUCAGACUGGUAAAUGGCACUAACAGAUGUAAUGGAAUCCUUGAAUUAAACCGAUAUUCAAACUGGGAACGUGCUUGCAGCAAUAAUUGGGAUUUAGCCCUUGCAAAUACAGUUUGUAAAGAGCUGUACUGCGGUGAAGCUUCAUAUAUACAAAGGAACAUUUCUGACACAGAAAGCCAGGAUGGAGUUUGGAUGAACAAUGUGUACUGUAGUCGGUAUGAGACAACUCUGUCGAUGUGCUCGAGUGAUCCUCUGAGUAAUGCUUUCUGCAUCUCCUCACAGCAAAUACGUAUCUUCUGUACAGGUCAGGUGAUAAUAAAUGAUGCAACCCUUUCAGAUCAAACUGAUCGCUGCUCAGGCUCAGUGCUAUUUUCCAUUUCAAGUAACUACUACAGGAAUUAUCAAAAGGUCCCUGUGUUAAGCUGGGAUAUUAAGGAUGCAAAUGUCGUUUGCAAAGGAAGGAAUUGUGGAUUUGCUGUUGCUGCCAAUUUCAGCAUUGAGAAUGUUCGCCAUUCUGCUUGGUUGUCUAUUCGGUGCAAUGGAGAUGAGAAUUCUUUUUCUAACUGUCUUUUGUCAGCAACUGAUGCCAAUGGAACUCGCUAUGCAAAUUAUCCUGCUGUCCAGUGUUCAGGUCCCUUUACUGUGAGCAUUUCUAAUGGUACAAACUGUUCUGGAAUAGUUGAAGCCAAUUAUAAUAAUAUCCAAGGCUAUAUAUCCGCAGAAGGAUGGGACAUCAAUGAUGCCAAUGUUGUAUGCCAGUCACUAGGAUGUGGAUUUGCAGUCCAAGCACUCACCAUUGAGAGGGAUGAUUCCGCUCCCAUUUGGUUUAAGGAUUUUCAAUGCACUGGGACAGAAUAUUCUCUAAGCAUUUGUUUAGGUGCACUUUUCCUGACAAAUGUCUGCAAUCCAGUAAACAUUGCAGGUGUUAGUUGUGCAAAAGAUGAGCUGGCUGUCAGACUAACAAAUGGCACCAACCGAUGCAAUGGUAUCCUUGAAGUCAGCAUCUCUUCUAACUGGAAACAUGUAUGUGCAAACAAUCAGAGUCUAUCUUUUGGAAGUGUGAUCUGUAGAGAUCUGAUUUGUGGUCAGGCACUAUCGAUUCAGUACAACAUAUCAAAUGAAAGAAACUCAGAAUUAGUUGUGCUUGAUAACAUUAAUUGCAAUGGAUAUGAAUCAUCUUUAUCAAAAUGUUGGAGUUACCCAUGGAAGACUAGCUCCUGCAACUCAUCACAAGAAGUCACCAUCACAUGCUCAGGCAGCCAGAGAGCAGUGUAUGCUAGUAUUUUAUAUCAAGGAGAGUACUGCACAGGCAACGUACAAUUUGCACUUGCUAAUGAUGGCUGGAGUUUCUGGAAUUAUCAGAUUGUUCCCAUUGCUUCUUGGGAUAUUAAUGAUGCAAAUGUUGUAUGUCGACAGAGCGGUUGUGGAAUUGCAGUUGCAGCAACAACUUAUCUUCAGUAUGGACGCGUAUCAGCUGUACUAGAUAUGCAAUGCCAUGGAAAUGAAACUUCCAUGUUUUACUGCCCACAGUCUGUUAUUGAUCCUGACAGAAGUCAGUAUGCCUUGUACCCUGCUGUUCAAUGCACUGGUUACUUUUACACUACGAUGUCUAAUGGAAGUCACCGUUGCUCUGGCAGCAUUGAUGUCUGGAAUAAGGGUACAUCGAGCCCUGUCUCAGCAGAUGGAUGGGAUAUAAAUGCUGCAAAUGUUGCGUGCAGGUCACAAGGCUGUGGGUUUGCUCUGGCAAAUGUGUCAAACCCCUGGCAUGGUACAGGUUCUGUUACUUCCUGGAUUAACAAAUUCCAGUGCUCAGGGAUAGAAAGUUCUCUAUCUUAUUGCUCUGUUGAAUUUCGGGAAAUAAAUAUCACCAAUUCCUCACCUGUUGCUGGAGUCAUUUGCUCUUCAGGGCGAGUAUGGGACAAUGGGGAAGGAGGGGAUGUAUGCAGUAGAGUAGGAGCCUUAGAGACAGAAUGGCAGCUAAGGUUGGAUGCAUGUAGACCACCUGGUCUGAAUGAUUUCAUUUCCCUCAAACCCCUGUUAAAACUUAGAUCCCAGCAGAUUUGA